AUGAGUGCAUUUCAUCCCAACUUCUCAAGUUUCCCAGAUCUCGAAGAGAACAAUGUUGAUAAAAAGGAGCGGUCGUCCAAAGAACAUAAAUCACGCAAGGAGAAGGAGAAACAUUCGAGAAACAAGGAUACAGAAGAUGAAAGAGAUAGGAGAGACAGCAGUGAUAGGCAAUAUCGGUCGCGUCAUGGCGAAUCCAAGCACGAACAUAGCUCUAGGCGACGUCGUUCACGCUCGCGAUCUCCUGAGCGCAAGAAGAGCAAACAUAGCUCUCAUAAACAUAAAGUAGAUCACUCGUGGAGCCUACUUGAGGACGAUAAGCGCCGAAAGGCGCGAGAGGAUCAGGCAUUGCUACUCGCAGGCGAUGUCGAGAUGCAGAGCAGUUCAUCCAAACUAUACUUUGUCGAUAAGCGUGGUGAUUCGCUGAAUAUAACGUACGGUGGAUUGCAUCAAGGAGACAUCCCAAGAUUUUAUCGUGAUGGGAAGGGGAGGGUCCUUGGUCUGACUUCCGCCUGGAGAAUAUCCCGUGGCUCCGGUAACAAGGACGUCGAGGUGAACCGUAGGGACAAGCACAAGGCACCUCGAUAUACGGACUUCAAGUCAUUAAAGGCCCUGGUUGAAGGACCACAUAGGUUGUUGUUGCCUGCAAAGACAUCUCUCACGACAUAUGGGGAGUUUAUACCACUUGGAAAAUCGACAAGAUCAGAGGACAUUCACCCUGAAGACUCGUAUCGAUCCAUUGUUCCUGAACCACCACCGGAUAGUGAUCCAGAGCUAGAGCAGGAAAGCGGACGCUCUGACACUAACUCUGGCGACGAAUUUGAGGGGACGACCUUACCUGCUGAGCAGGAAAAGAUGAAGAGUUUGGAGGAAACCGUUAGGCGUGCUCCACAAGACGAGCAGUCCUGGUUACAUCUACUCUCUGUAUCAAUCGAUUCAAUCUCCAAUCGUACCAAACGUGGUGUCAAAGCAAAGGCCGAAAUUGCGACUUCUAUCCUCAAGAGAGCGCUAGAUGCACACCGCGACAACGAGGCGUCGCCAAGGUUGCGCCUGCUGUACAUCAUGUAUGGAGAAGAAAUUUGGGAUGAGGAAAAAACUAGGAGGUCAUGGAACUCUCUGCUCUCUGACUUUGGAGGUAACGAUGUACCACCGUGGAAACAAGCUCUCAUAUGGAUGACAUUCCUGGACUGGUCAAUCAUUAAUAGACCAUCAAUAUCAGAAGCUCUGGAUGACGCGAGAAGGGCACUUGCACAAUUACAAGGAUCGGAGUUUGAGAUGGCACGGGUGCGGAUACUGUGGAGAAUAGCGGUCUUCCUUCGAGAAGCCGGCUUUCUCGAGCAGGCGAUGGCAAUCUUCCAAGCUCAGAUGGAGCUCGCUCUGUUCGGCCCUCCUGAGUUGAUCUCCCAUCCUUUGGAGGAUAGAGUCAACUCUUUAGAGGAAUUUUGGGAAGCAGAAGUCCCGCGUAUCCCAGAAACCGGUGCUCGAGGCUGGGCUCAGUGGGUAGAAUCCGGACAGCCAGAGGCCCAAGUACUGCACCGACAGCCUAGCAGGAAAACAGAAGCACAAGACCCUUACCAACAAUGGUCCUGCCAAGAAAAAUCACUCGAUAUCGUUGGUGCUUUCCCCACAAGAUCAUUCACAGAAGAUGAAAGCGAUCCGUACUCCACAAUUCUCUUUAGCGAUAUCCGAGACUUUCUUUCGGAUUUACGGUCAAACGAUGUUCGAGAGUACCUCGCAAUGGCCUUUCUAUCAUUCAUUGGCCUGAACAUACCCGGCAUUGGUGAGAGGGGCCCUUUCUUGGGUUCAAAUGGCCAAUGCGAUAUCGUGGAAGAUGGUUGGAUGGUUUCAGGUCAAAGAGGAUGGCCAUCACGACCCGAAGAUCUCUUCCCCUCUCAAACUGAACAGAAAAGGAUAACAUGGGAAUCGCAUGUUGGCGUUAUCGUCGCCGCUGAGCAACCACGAAGGUCAGGAUUUGGACCAGUCAAAGAAUGGGGGAUGCAUCGAUCUUUCUUUGAAGGAAUCGAUUCUUUUUGCACUGGACGGACAUGGGAGGCUGCAGAUAUAUAUUGCGUAGACAUUGGGAUCGUGAGAAAUGCUAUGAAUCAGCUCGCAAGUGUGAUCCCUUCUCUGAACUGGGAGGACAUGAAGGCAGCUUUGGAUGCCGCUGUGGACGUCAAGGCGGCCGUGAAAGGUUCGAAGCAGAGGCUCGAAUCUCGUCAGUCCGAUGUUAAUCUGUGGAGGACGCAUAUCAAACUUGAAUCUAUCAAGGGCGAGACAGGCAAGGUCGCGAAAAUGUAUUCGACCCUACUUGCUGCUCAGUCAAGCGAUCCCAACCAGCUUCUCCUUUACUCGGACGCAAUCGAAUAUCGAUGGCUGCAAGAGUCUGAACAAAUGGCUAUUCAGCUACUGAAGAGCGCACUUGGCAUUGACCAAGAGUCCAAAGGCGCAAUGUACCUCCUUCGGGGACGCAAUAGUCUCAGUAGCCUCUUAUCCAUCGAAAGGGAGUGGAGUAUCCGCCGAGUAGCCAUCGUUCGUCUGCAAUUUUUCUUCCAUCUAGACACAGGUACCUUAGAGAACGCUAUUUCCGCAUUUAUGGAAGUUGCAGAUACCCAAAACAUCCCAAAAGACACAAGGGAAUCACUCUACACUUGGAUCUCCGUCACAGUAUUUCGGCUGUCUCAAAGACGGGGGAUUAUCGUCCCACCACCGGUCCUUAGCACAUUAGUUACGAAGGCUCUUCAACUUUUCCCGAACAACACAGUGCUGCUGGGAUUGUUUCUCGAAUGCGAACGAGGGCAAGGAAUCUGGGGAAGAAUUCGCAGGUUCCUUACUGAAGAAACUAAUGGAACGAUUGUCUCUCAACGUAUAAAAAGAAUCGCAUGGAACUUAUGGGCAGAAGGUUGGAAUUAUGGCCCGUGGGAGCCAGAACGUGUACGAAGCCAACUUGAGGGCGCUUUGAAUCUCAGAAGCAACAAACGCUCUGUGGUUCUAUGGCAAGUGUACGUUGCUCUGGAAAUGCGUGUAGGCAAUUUCGAGAGGGCUAAGCGUGUACUUUUGAGGGCCCUUGGAGUGUGCUGGUGGGCAAAAGAGCUCUACCUCAUUGCGUUUGGGCAACUGCGAACAGUGUUCACCGCUAGGGAAUUGAAUGACAUGAUCGCGGCAAUGGUCGACCGUGGGAUACGAAUGCGACGGGAUAUUCAGGAGCAAUUAGAAGGCUGGAUCGAUCCCAGUACUGCAAUCGAGGAGGAUGAACAUAACGCCGGUGAUAUGGAGGUUGAAAGGAUGCUUCACGGUCGCGAGCAAGCAAAACCAUAUUGA